AUGGAGAGACCAUCCUGUACGCGGCAGGAAAUUACACCGCUGCAUGUACCAUGGCUUGAGCAUGAGAAUUUUAAUAUGACAAAAAUGGUCUGUAGUACUACCAAUGGUCUUGUCACUAGCAGUAAAAAUUCACUCAUUCGAGUUGUACAGGAACUUAAGCGAGGACGUAUACAUGUGGAUAAACAGCUGUCUCGAUUAGAGACUCAAUUAUUGUCCAUUUCCGACUAUCUCGAUGGCAAAAAGUCUACAAUGUUUCCACCUCAUUUAAUUACGUAUGUCGACAAUACGCCUAUGGACAUUACAAUUCCAUUGACAACUGGUGUACGAAGACAUUGCGGUACUGUCACGGACGCAGUUGUUGAAAAGUUUCAUGUUAUGAUCAAGAAAGAAUCAGCACUUCUGACACCUGCAAUGGUAGAAGAAGACCUGAAUUCGGAUACACCAUGUACGACGACUGGACUGUGGAAAUAUUUGAAUGCAUACUCGUUCUUCAAGACGAUCACACCGGACGACAUGGACAAAGCCUUGCUGCUUGAAGACUCGAAUGCGUUUUGUGAAGAUUUGGAAUCAUGCGGAAAUGAAAAAGAUGGGAUCACAACGGGUCUAGACUUUCAGCAGCUGCAGGAUAAUUUUAGUUUGAGCAGGUUCACUUCGCAUGAUCUAGACGAUUUUUUCAUGGAGAGACUUGUAGCCUCGCUGUGUGCAGUAGAUACACAUGCAGUGGUGAAAGAGAAUGACGAAAGUAUAUUUUGUCAGCCAGAUGAUGAAGACAAACACUCGAAUGAUACAACCGAAACCACAACAGACAUGGAAACAAGCGAUCCUUUGUGCUCAAUUAAUGUGCAAUCGUGGAAUUCUAUGGGUCUUACACGAGUCCUCCGCAACAUCGGUUUAGUUGAGGGAAACGAUCAGGAAGUUGUUCGAGUCGGUCUGUCCAGUCCGAUGGACGAUGGGGUAUCGCAGGAAAUCCGCUCAUUGAAGCGUCAACUUCAAACCUGCGUACGCGAGACGAAUGAAACAAAGCGGAAACUGCGAAAAAUCAUGGCUGAGACAAAGCCAUGGCUUUCAAUGGAGAAAGAGGAGGAAAAGGCCACGCUAGAGCAGUAUUUUAUUAUGUGGCAAACGAAAAAGGAGCUUGCACGGAAAAAGAAACAACGGGAGAAGAAGCUCCAGCGGCGGCAAGCUUUACGCCUUGGUGGUGGUGGCAGCGGCAAACCUCUGGCCGAUGACAUUUCGUCAAGCAACGAUAGAGACCUCGGUUUUGUGCAGAAUUGGCCCAGACCCAACAGAUGUAGGGAGUGA